AUGGAGGAGGACGUCACGGGCCACGGGGAGGGCAUGGCGUCGGUGCGGGACUUCGACCCGCUCUCGGGCACCAUCCCCGCCACCAAAGUGGAGCUCACCGUCUCCUGCAGGAACCUUUUGGAUAAAGACACGUUCUCCAAGUCUGACCCAUUGUGUGUGUUGUAUACUCAGGGCAUAGAGAGCAAGCAGUGGAGGGAGUUUGGCAGGACUGAAGUCAUCGACAACACCUUGAACCCCGACUUUGUGCGCAAGUUCAUCCUUGAUUACUUUUUUGAAGAGAAGCAAAAUUUGCGUUUUGAUCUGUAUGAUGUGGACUCUAAGAGCCCUGAUCUGUCAAAACACGAUUUCCUGGGUCAGACAUUCUGCACCCUGGGCGAGAUUGUUGGAUCUCCAGGAAGCCGUUUGGAGAAGCCUUUGAUGAUGGGAGCAUUUACAUUACAUUCCAGAACCGGGAAGCCCAUGCCCUCAGUCUCCAAUGGAGGGAUUCCUGGGAAGAAGUGUGGCGCCAUCAUCCUGUCUGCUGAGGAACUGGGUAACUGCAGAGAUGUGGCCACAAUGCAGUUUUGCGCCAACAAGUUGGACAAGAAAGACUUCUUCGGGAAAUCUGACCCUUUCAUGGUGUUCUACAGAAGCAACGAGGAUGGGACGUUUACUAUCUGCCACAAAACCGAAGUGGUGAAGAACACUCUGAACCCCGUCUGGCAGUCCUUCUCCAUUCCCGUGCGGGCCCUCUGCAACGGAGACUACGACAGAGCUAUAAAAGUGGAAGUGUAUGACUGGGACCGGGAUGGCAGCCAUGAUUUUAUUGGGGAAUUUACAACCAGCUAUCGAGAAUUGGCGCGAGGACAGAGCCAGUUCAAUGUCUAUGAGGUGGUGAAUCCCAAAAAGAAAAUGAAGAAAAAGAAGUACAUUAACUCAGGAACAGUGACAUUGCUCUCAUUUGCCACAGAAUCAGAGCACACAUUUCUGGACUACAUCAAAGGAGGGACCCAGAUCAAUUUCACAGUGGCCAUUGACUUCACAGCUUCCAAUGGCAAUCCCUCGCAGUCUACUUCCCUUCACUACAUGAACCCUUACCAGCUCAAUGCAUACGCUAUGGCACUCAAGGCUGUCGGCGAGAUCAUCCAGGACUAUGACAGUGACAAAAUGUUCCCAGCGCUCGGGUUCGGAGCCAAAAUACCACCUGAUGGCCAUGUGUCUCAUGAGUUUCCCUUGAACAGCAACCCUGACAAUCCUCACUGCAGUGGGAUAGAAGGAAUCCUCGAAGCCUAUCACGACAGCCUCAAGAACGUCCAGCUCUAUGGCCCAACUAACUUUGCACCGGUGGUUAACCAUGUGGCUAGGUAUGCAGCUGCCGUGCAAGAUGGUUCCCAAUAUUUUGUUUUGCUCAUCAUCACUGAUGGUGUGAUAUCAGACAUGGCUCAGACGAAAGAAGCUAUAGUCAAUGCUGCCAAGCUUCCAAUGUCCAUAAUCAUUGUGGGAGUUGGACAGGCUGAAUUUGAUGCCAUGGUAGAGCUGGAUGGAGAUGACAUUCGAAUCUCAUCUCGGGGGAAGAUUGCUGAACGUGACAUUGUCCAGUUUGUUCCAUUCCGGGAUUACAUUGACCGCACAGGAAAUCAUGUCCUGAGCAUGGCUCGGCUGGCGAAAGACGUCCUUGCUGAGAUCCCAGACCAAUUCAUCUCUUACAUGAAAGGGCGGAACAUCAAACCCAACCCAGCCCCACCUCCAUACACCCCCACUGGCCACACCCUUCAGACCCAAAUCUGAGAACAAGAAGAGGAAAAGAGCACUUGAGUCAAGUGCCUACAAAACACAAGUCACUCUCUUGUGUCCAUUUCUUGUGGAUAGCCGUCCAGGCAGUAAGCACACCAUAACCUGAAAGUCCACAGUGUACUCUUUAGCCCCAAAAGUCCACUUUGG